GUAGAAAAUGGAUGGAUGGAUAUAUAGCUGAGAUUACUCUUCCAGUAACCAGUUAGCAUAGCAGCUAACACAUCUAGCAUGUAGACUUGAGCAACAACAUCAGGAUUGAUUUGCCUGUGAGAAACUCCACAUAAUUACUUAAAUGCGCAUGCGCACACGGUCUGAACCAGUUUGAACUCGACCGAGCGGCGAACUCACCUCCGACUGAACCUGAGCCGUGUGAUGAUAGUUCGUAGACAAUUUCUUUACUGAAACCCCCGAAGAAAACUUGACCAAACGUGGACAGUUGGAUGUGAACUGAAUUGUUUCUACCAUUACGGAUUUUUGUCUUGUCUGCAGUUUGAUUCUAGCGUUUGAACAUUUUCUGGACAGAAGCGGGAACGGACAACCAUUUUGCCCUAGCAGACUUUGUUACUCCGGGUAGUUCUUUCCUCCAGAGAAGUACCAGCAUCUGUGGGGCAAUUGAUUGAUAUACUUAAAGAGAGACUUGAACUUCCAGGUGAUUUCUCUCUACAGUUUGAGGAUCCAGUGUUUGGAAAUGCACUAUGCAACCUGACAGCAAUAUCUGAAUUACCAGCUGAGCGUGCAGUCCGGCAUAUAAUGUGAAACUAUGAUCCAUCUCCACUUAACCAAUCCACUGCUUCAGUGUCUUCUUCUUCAGUCUGUUCCCAGGACACAGUAAGUGUUCACUCUGAAGAUUUCAAGCCAAGCUGGACCAAUUCUAUCCAGAUGGAUUUAAGGCAUAUCUCAGAGUGGCCCAAUCCAUUUCUUAUCCCCAAGUUUUCAUAUGAUGUAGAGCUGAAAUUGUCUAAGGCUAAUGUGACAUACGAAAAAUCUAAGAAGGGCAUUGCAGUGACAGGAGACAUGAAGAUGGAGAUUUUGGAUAAAAUUGCAGAGGCAGUUUUUGAAAUUAAAAGCUACCCUGAAAAAGAUGAGCUUGAGUCAGUUGUUUCUGCGCUCGUUCUCAAGUAUCCAUGUCUGAAGGAGCCAGGUAGCUUCACAGGCUACGAGGGAUGGAAAGCAAGUAUCAAGCGUAAACUUGGAAACUACAGAUCAAAGCUUCGUCAGGCAGGCUGCAAUGAGGUACAUGUAAACAGAAAAAGAAAAGGAGUAGAUGAAGAGGGCUGUCUUUUUACCCUUAAAAAGCCCAAACGUGGAGAGGUCAAUCAUGUCCCAGAUUUUCCACAACACCAUGAUGAUUCUACUCUUGAACAGGAAAGAGUAGCUCUGGUUGGUGAAAUGAAUAAACAAAAGAACAUGACAGUCAUACAGCAGAAGAUGGCACUGACAUUUUCCCUCAGGCGGAGAAAAGUCGUGGAGUGCCAGCCUAUGGUAUCUGAGGUCCAGGAGAGAUGGCCUGCGCUGUUUUCCUGUGAGGAGAUAUCUGAAGAAUUUCAUCGGAUCACGAGCAAAGACCUUCUGGGGAUUUUCAAUGCAACCCUUGACAAAUUUGUGCCUGGCCUGCUGAAACUGGACAGGUCUAAGAAGGUAACUCUUGGUGAGAAGAUGGAAGACCUUCUGGAUAAACUUUAUGAACAGACAUCCAACAUUGUGUCCCACCGAAAGACAGCACCACUGAGAGGCCUGCCCAUUUUCCUCCGAGAAGAUGCAACAGGUUUUCCUGAAGUGCCUGGUCAGCCCGGGUCAGGCCCUCGUGGAUGGGCUCAGGUGGAGCCUCAGCUGGAGCCGGAGGAGGAGGGGAGGAGCCGUGACUCUGUCCUACGAUCCAACCAAGAGGCAGUGCGUCCAAAAAGAAAAAAGAGAAAACAAACAUGUGCAAGUAAGAGGAAAAAAAAACAGCUUUGUCCCUUACGCUUUUUUCACUCCUCCCCCAUCAUCUCUCCCUCGCUCUCCCUCUCCUGGGAGAGGCCUGGCCGGGGCCCGGGCCUGGACGCCAUCUGCUGCAUAAUGUAA